CACCCUCUACAAGCAAGGUGCUACCUACAACACCCUCUACAAGCAAGGUGCUACCUACAACACCCUCUACAAGCAAGAUGCUACCUACAACACCUUCUGCUAGCAAGGCACCAACUGCAUGUUCUGCAAGCAAGACUCUGACCAUAACAGGUACAAGCAAGACACAGGUUAUAACAGCUUCAAUAAGCAAAACACCAACUACAAAUGUUUCUACAACCAAGACACCAGGUACAACACCUAGCAGCAAGAUGGUAGCUACAGCUACAACUACAAUCAAGACACCAACUACAACAUCAUCUUCAUCAAGCAUGACACCUACUACAACAAUAGUUUCUACAAGCAAAACACCAGUUACAGUAACAAAAAAGUCUCCAUCUACAACACCUACAAGCAAGACAUCAGUUGCAACACCUGCAAAUAAGACACUGGCUACUACAAGAGCUUCCACAAAUGAGACACCAACUACAACAAAAGCUCGUACAAGGGACACAUCUGCAACAUCUGUACCGUCUACAUGCAAGGCACUAGCAACAAAAACAGUUUUUACAAGCAGGACCUCAUCCACAGACCCAAUUUCUACCAAGACUCCGACUAUUAUAAGCAAGACACCGACCACUACUCCAACUACAACAGCAGCUUCAAAAGGCAAAUUAUUAAUCACAAAUUCUACAUGUACAAACAAUCUGUCUGCUAGAAUAACAGGGUCUAAAAACAAGUUAUUAAUCACAGCACCCACUGCUACGGCAAAUGAGGCACCACCUACGAAGCAUAGGAUAUCACUGUCAUCUGCAAACAGUACCCCGAUCAUUAAAAGUUCUACAAUCACAUUAGGAAUCAGGGGUCCAUCACCAUCUGUAAGUAGGACUCAGGACAAGCCAGUCAUGUCACCCUCCUGUGCUACAGGCAGAACACCGGUUACCGCACCGUCAAAAUCCUCGGCCAUUGUGCUUAUCCCCACAACAUCUCCUGGCAAUUCAGGCAAGGCAGCAAACAUUUCCCUUCAAGGACCUGUUAGGAGAACACCAGUUUCCUCUCAGGAUUCCACAAACAAUGUUCUGAAAGCGUCAGGUAACACAGGUAGCCCUGCAUUGAUGACUGCUGCUUCAACAACAAGGGCUACGAAAAGAGUACCAGUGACUGCUCCUUCAGAUUCUCCAGACAAGACACCGACCAGCUCAUCAUUACAGGUUAUUAAAGAAACCACAUCCAUUUUGAGAAAUUCCAGAAAUGAUAGCAAGCCAAAUGAAGAAACUGGAGAAUCCUUCUUUAAGAAUGUAGUUGUCCUUGGCAACAUCAUGUACAAAAGAGUUCUAUCCAAAUUAAACUCAGCCAGGGUUAUUGUCCUAGCAGACGAGGAUAUUAGACUGUCAACCAUUCCAGACAUAGUGAGUAAAAAUUUGAAUGAACAGACAAAGAACUCUCUGUGGAUCCUAACGCUGGGAAUCUAUGACUUUGUUGAGUUUGAACCCUGUUCGUCCUGCAAGAGGUGCUUCACCCAAAUGUCCUCUCUCUCGUUCAGAGAGUGCAAGAACAGGAAGGCAAUGAAAGAUAUGGUAAGGAUCAUGCUGCAUCAUAGCCAGAAGAUGAAAGAGUCAGUGCAACGGAAACUUGGAAGCCAUGGCGUUGUGGUCUUAGUCCCUCCCAUACCAGCAUCUGUGAUUGAGGAAGAGAGUUUCCCUGUUCACUCUGACCUCCACAAAGUCUGUGAAAUGAGUAAUGGGUAUUGCACUCCAAGCAAAAUUUUAAACUGUCUGUAUGCUAUUUUUAAUGCAUAUUGUAAUGGAUUGCACAUUGAUGAGGAUUUCAUUAACUGUGGAAUGUCGCCACAUGUGAUCAUGCAGUACAGAGAGGCGCUUAAUGGGAGGAACCUAGUGCCGGUAAUGGAUUUGAAGGAUUAUUCUUAUGUAACCAGAGCAUGGAUAGUGAUGGUGAAAGUGGUUAUCCAAUUGGCACUGAAAAUUACACCAAGAAAACUAUUAUUGCAAGGGUUAAUAGAUGAACCUUGUCCUACAGCAGUUCUUAAGAAGGGGAAACCAGAGUCUGAUUCUCUACCAGUGGUGGUCUCCAAAGCUUCAGAGCUGGAAAGUUUGAAUCACAAGUCCACAGCAGCAAGCAUCACAAGUCCUCCAGAGCUGGAAAAACUUGCCUCAAGUCCUACACCUGCUAUGGUCUCAGUGACUACAGAACAAGGAAAAUCUAGUCUCAUUAGUACUCCGGCAGCAGUUAUAAAAACAGAGAAGGAAAUGUCAGGUUCUAGAAGGAAAUCUGUGACAGCAACAGCAGCCCUUUUGGGUCCUUCAGAACAGGACAAUUUGAAUCUUAAAUCAGCACAAAAAGAGGCCAUGAAAUGUUUAGAGGUUGAAGGAUCAAAAACAAACUCCAGAACAGUUACAAAGACUUCAGAGCAGGAAGAAAUAGUGAAUGAAUCAAAGUACAACUACAAUGAUGUCAUUGUCAUAGGAUCCAAGCACAUUUUUGAACAGUUGGAAGCCAUGGCACUAGAUUUGCCAAUCCAUUUCAUUGAGCAGAGAAUAUACUUCAGUGACUUCAACAAAUUUACCAUCAAAGAACAACAAAAGAAGUGGCCACAUAAUGCUCUAUGGGUAUUACUGGUGGACUUGCAUUCAGUCUUGUACACCCCUACUCUUGCUGGUCCAAAAUGUGCUGCAGCAGAAUGUCAGAGUCCUGUGUUGUGCUAUGACCUAAAAAGUUCAUAUUCCUGUACUCAAGUCAAGAAGGAUAUUAGUGUAAUCAUUAGCCGAGCUAAGGAUUUCGUCUCGGAGUCAAGAGAGUAUUUAGGAAAAGGUUCCUCCCUAGUUUUAGCUCCCAUUCCCCCAGAUUCUGUCAUAUGGGCGGGAAUAAACUCUCACUGCACUCACAACUACAUCCACGCAGUAAGUGAAAAGCAGUUGAACAUCUCUUUCCUCAUCGGUCAGUCACAGCUGUGGAAUAUGUACAGCACUGCUCUCAUAUCUGAGUGGAUUGCAAUGCUGGAGGACUUUUCCCUUAAAUCGGAACAUAGAGCACUGUUGAAGAAGUACCAUAGUGAAAGGAAACUUAUUUUGCAUUUUAUAGAUAUUUUGCAAGAUAUUUCAAAGAAUGAGGGAUUAUUGGGAGACUGGAAUGAACUUGUGAAAAAUAUGCUGUUUUGCUUGAUGAAUGUAGAAGAUUCUGAAGGACCCCAACCAGUUAAGAAAGCAUCAAUGUGCUCCUAUGAACGAUGUGGGGAUGGUGAUGAAAUCACAUCACCUGAGGCUAGUUGUGAAGAGCAUCAAAAUACAAGGACAGGUGUUUUACCGCUAUCCAAGAAGCCAUCAGAGGAUUGGUCCAGACAUGCAGAGCAAGGUCCUUGCAGAUUGACAAAACCUGGGGAAGGAAGCAACACCCAAGAGGAGGAAGGUAACACGACUAAGUUAGGAGUUCCUGUCUGUCUUGAAGCUGAAAAUAUAUCUGUCAAAGAACCAAGUCUUCGUGAGAGAGGCACGAGAUGGGACAAGAAAACGCCUGUAGUAAGAGGACAUUCAUGCACUGAGAAAGAUAAGAUCGCUUCUGAAUUUUCCAGGCUCCAUGUGGUUACAGGACUAGCAAGGAAAGCUCAGUCCCAGAAGGGUUCAGCUCAGUCAAAUGGUGUAAUGAGUAAAGAAAACGAUAAGUUACAACCUCACUUUACAGCUCAGGAAAACUGCACGUUGAGUCAAGCAGAAAAAGGAAAGUUUGUAAAUUCUUUCAUUCCAAGCAGCCCACUCGCCCAGAAAGCUGUUUGCCAAGAACAUGCAGUAGAAUUGACUUCAUGUGAAGACCAGGAAGAGAUGUCAGAUGCUGGCCAGUCAGGGGUUGAUUCAUCUGUAGAGUCAUCUUGUGAAGCUGGAAAUACUGCCACCAAUCAGCAGAUGAAUAAAAAAGCUAUUUCGAUAAAGAUCCGUAAAAUACCUACUGUAAGUUGUUCAAAAGGAUCUGUAGAGGGUAAAGAACCCCAGGCUUGGGAAAUUGUUCCUGCUGUGGAGGGUAAAGCUAAGGAGUCCUGUUGUUCAGUUGAUAAUGAAGAAGGUAAUUCAUCUGAACUUUUAAUCUCAUCUGACAAACAGACAAAUACCUUGCAGUGUGCUAAAUCUAAAGCUCCUGCCAGUCUUUCAAAACUUGUCCAGCCAGACACAAUCAGCCAGCAAGACUGUGCUUCCAAAGAAGACAAACUGGAAGAAAAACAUAUGGCCAAAAAACAGGAGUUAAUCUUAUUUCCUACCAAAAAAGAUGAAAAAACUCCAACAGCUUCCAAAAACCUCCCCACAGAAAGAGGAAGCCAGACAGCGGCAGCUGGAAACAAGUGUUGGAUAACUAUUGAGAAUAUUAAUCCUCAUUUUAAAGGUAGUGAUGUCAGGAAUCUCCUGGAAGUGUGUGGGCCUGUUGAGUCCUAUAAACGUCCAGUCACGCAGUUUGAUAAAACAGCAAGUAUUCUAAUGGUGGAAUUUGUCAAUUCCUGUGCAGCUUCACAUGCUCUAGGAAUUCUCAACUCUUAUAAGAUCUUUGGAAAAAAUGUUAAAGCGAAGAGAUCAGGAGGAUCCAACUUGCCAGUUGAUAUAUCAGACAGUAGAAAUGAGGAACUGGUGUCGAAGAUUGUCAGCAGAGCGACGGAAAAUAACAUCAAGAUACACCUACCAGAAAACAUGAUAGUUAAGAACGUGUGCAAUGCCUCCACCAACUUCCUGAAGAAGGCUCCGGAUGACGGAAGAGAUGUCAGCUUGAAGGAUGUUGCUCGUAAAAAGGAAGAUUGUGAGAAAGGGAAGGAAGAUAUCGGUAAAGGCAGGGGAGAUCUGAAAGAAAAUAACAUGGGUAAAGGCAAGAAAGAUCUGAAGAAUGAUGAUUUAGAUAAAAUCAAGGGAGACCUGAAAAAGGAUAAUAUGGAUAAAUGCAAGGGAGAUCUCAAGGAUUUGGAUAAAGGAAAGAGGGAUAAUUUGGAUAAUAGCAUGGGAGAUGUGAAAGAUUUGGAUAAAGGCAAGAAAGAUCUGAAGGAGGAUAAUUUGGAUAAAAGCAAAAAGGAUCUGAAGAAAGAAAAUUUGGAUAAGAGCAAGGAUGAUAUGGAUAAAGGCAAGGGAGAUCUGAAGGAUGUGGAUAAAGGCAAGAAGGAUUAUUUGAAUAAUGGCAAAGGAGAUGUGAAGAAUGAUAAUUUGGAUAAAAGCAAGGGAGACCUGAAAAAGUAUGAUAUGGAUACAAGUAAGGAAGAUCUCAGGGAUUUGGAUAAAGGCAAGGGAGAUGUGAAGGAUUUGGAUAAAGGCAAGAAAGAUCUGAAGAAUGAUAAUUUGGAUAAAAGCAAGGAAGAUCUGAAAAAGGUUGAUAUGGAUAAAGGUAAUGGGAAUGUCAGGGAUUUGGAUAAAGGCAAGAAGGAUAGUUUGGAGAUAGGCAAGGGAGAUCUCAAGAAUUUGGAAAAAGGGAAAAUAGAUCUGAGGAAGGAAAAUUUGGAUAAAGGCAAGGAAGAUCUCCAGGAUUUAGAUAAAGGCAACGAGGAUUUAAAGGAUAAUAAUCUGGAUAAAGGAAAGGGAGAUCCGAAGGCCUUGAAUAAAGGUAAAACAGAUUUGAAGAAUGAUAAUUUGGAUAAAGGAAAGGGAGAUCUGAAGGAGGAUAAUUUGGAUAGAUAA